CGGACCUCUACACGAGAUGCGUUGAUGACUACGACAAGAGAGAUGCUUCGCAAGGCCCGCCACAUUUUCGAGAGCGCCGACACCUCGCUGUCGCCGACAACUGGCCCUAGCGGCGCUGCAAACCGCCUGUCACAUUCCCUCUCCGUCGCCUCCCGAUCAUCAGAGCUCGAUCAGGAGUUUGCGACCUCUCCUUCCACAACCACACUAGAAUGUCUUUUCAGGUCUUACAGCUGUCGUUUCGAGCCUUAUUAUCCGAAUUUUUCUGCAGGCGUUCUGGACCCUAUGGAACUGAUCAACUCUGACAAUAAGAACGCGUCGUGCCUUCUACUGCUUCUCAUCCUCGCUGCAGGCGCCUCUGCUACACCUACCAUGGAAGCAGGAUAUCUCACGAACGGCCUGACCGAGUCUUGCCGGAUUCUGUUGACAGAUCUCACUGACAACGAUAUCUCUCUUUGGAAGAACCCUACCAUUCUCCGAGCUGCGCUCCUCUCUAUGAAUCUAGCUGCUUGGAGUGGCGAGAAGUGGCACAUGGAUGUUUCCAAGAGCCAAUCAGACCUAUAUCUGACGAUGCUUCGACGUUCCGGACUUUUUGCGUACCGAAAAAACGCUCUGCCAGAGUUCUGUGGCAUGCUUGGUACUGAGGUGGAGUGGAAGAAAUGGAAGCAGCACGAGAGCAUGAACAGACUGGUGUACUCCUGGGUCAUCGCAGAUCAGGAACUAAGCCUCUUCCACGACCAAGCACCUAACCUCGCCAUCACCGAACUCACUGCUGCCCUUCCUGACAAGGAUGUAUUAUGGCAAGCCAGUUCCGCUAACAGCUGGUCUUUGGCCUUGGCCAGGGUCCAUGAUGGCACCGACCUUAGCCAAACCAGGACUCCUCCCUCUCUCUACGACUUGUUCAAGCGCCUCAUGAGCCGCGAUCUCUUAAAUGAGUCUCGCGACCUCACCAAGCUUCAGCUCCGCCUUCUCCUCCACCCUCUACAGUCGCUGGUAUGCCACCUCUACCAGUGCUUGAGCUGCUUUGCUGGCGACGCUAGUAGCAGCCAUGCUCAGCGUCUCUUCGUCCAGAUCCGUGAGGUGCAAUCCAUCCUCCAGGAUUGGUACGCUCUGUGCUGUAAGCGCAUGCGCAGCGUCGAGGAAGUCUGCCCUAUUCUCCUAUCCAACCUCGUUAUGUACCACCUCGUCUGCCUCAAUACUAUGACGCAUUUCCCCGACAUCGAAGCCCUCGCCCGCGGCGAAGUAUCCCAAGAGCAGUUCCUCUCUACCUCCUGGGCGCGCACCAACUCAGUUGGCAGCGCCUCACGCAUUUGGUUUCACUUAGGCCAGAUCGUGCGUCUAGUUCGCAUGAUGCCCGAAAGUAACCGUCCCCUUUGGUUUCCUGCCGUCAUCUACCGCGUCGCCCUCAUCCUUUGGAUGGUCUCCACAUGCAACAACGCGACGCAGUCGCCUGAAUCUGCAAAAUCGCUCACUCCAUUCAGCGACAGCAUGUUUGCGAUCGACAACAUGCACCCGGAGCACACUUCCAUUCAAAGAUACCUCCAAUAUUCGGAGGGCACUCCGAUGCUUUCAACAAGAAAGGGUGUUCUUGUUAGCCUCGCCGUUCCUAGCGAUACAAUCAUGUACGCGUGUGAAGUUAUGAAAGAGGAAGAUUUCAACACGCGCCUAGCAGUUUGCAUCAAGAACCGACUUUCGCACCUGGCUCAGCGAGUCAAGGCUGCUUCUGCAUGAUUUACGUUUCUUCUUUUCUUCUUUUCCAGCACUUUUUUUUUGUUAUUCUGUGUAUACCCGGACUCAGCUUUAUAUACCC